AAUACUUUUACCUAGCUCGAUUGCUGAGUUUUGGGAUGUCCCUUGAAAUGUCACACUGAAUGCCUCACCUGCCCUGGUAAGCCUAUACCAUGAGAGGCACACCCCAAAACCUUGCCCCCCCUUUCCUGUGUCCACCAUUUCUGCCUCUGGGCAGGGGGAGAGGGACUGUGGCAGGUGUUCCAGGUGUCUGUAAAACAGCAGGUGCCCACCGCAACCCCACAGCCCAGGCUCCCCUUCUCGCUUACCCACUAUGGGCAGGGUGCCUGGCCCAGGCCCAGGCCCAUGGAGCUGCAGCUGCUGUGAGCAAACACAGGCAUCAUGGUUCCCAGGGUGCGGCCUGGGCACUGCUGCUGAAUGCGCUCCCUAGGAUGUACAGUAGACCACUGAGUUUCCCGGGGUACCGUUAUCAGGGCCCAUCCUGGUGUGGCUCCGCUCCCAGAUCUCCCAGUUCUCAGCUUUGCUGCUCCCAUCAUGUCCUGGAGGCCACCUUCUGAUGUGUUCUUGCACUUCCUUUCAUCCCUCUUCUUGCCAUGGUGAUGCCCUCCCUGCUCCAGCCCUGCUGUGGGCUCAGGAUGCCGAGGGAGACCCAGCAGAGAGAAAUGCCUUCUGUCCCCCUCGGGCUCGGUCCUCUACCUAGGGCCUGCCAGGAAGCCUGGAAUGUCUUCUUCCCCACCCUUGCCCUUGCCAGGUGGUGUCUGGCCCCUUCCACUUGCAGCAACUCCCUCAGACCCUAGGUUGGCCGGCCUCCUCUGACCCCUGCUCAUGUGGGGCGUGUGUUGUACUGGGUCCUUGUGAUGGAGGCACAGUGGCUGGGGCAGCUUUGAGGACUCCAGUUACAGGUCAGGAAGCCUGGGACCUAGAGUGUCUCCAACAAGCUUGCUGUGACACCCUGGACUUCUGUUCCCCCCUGCCCAGGAGUUAAAGGGAGUUGACCGACCAGGGUCUCCAGUUCGAGCACUCUGUAAAUCUGUGACCUCUGACAUCUUGCGUGGGCUCAGCAAAACUGUGAUGUCACAGAGAGCAGAAUCCACAGGCUCUGCUCACAGAGGAGAUUCUAGACGCAUUGUGGGCUAUCUGAACCAUGCUAGGGACAGUCUGUGAGGCACCAAAAGAGAGCACUCCCUGUGGCGUGAAUAUUUCCUAUCAGGCUCAUUCUUUCCAUGAACGUGGGAGGCAGAGAGGAGUUGCCGAGGGCCAGCCCCUACCCUGAGAAUGUGCAAGGCUGAGAUCAGGGCUCCUGACCCAAGCACAGAGCAAGGAAACCGCCUCUUCUCAGACUUGACAAUCCAGUACAGACUCUUCCGCUGCUUGGCCCACUGGAAACAGUCCCUAGACUUUCUCACGAAUUGCAAAGGGGCAGGUGUCUUACGAUUUGGUCCAAACUUAUAAAAAUCACAGAUUUGAUACUCUGUGACCUAUUCUGUGAUCCCCUCUGUUGCUGACAGCACAGGAAGGCAUCAUAGGCUGUGUGUGCGUGUGUGUAUAUGUGUGUGUGUGCAUGUGUACCCCCACAGCCUGGAGAGACUGAGGACCAGAGUAAUCUUUGUCCAUGCUUGAGAGAAGGAAAUCAUGGUUCAUGGCAAAGUACAUGUCCUUGGAGGGUAAAGGGACCUGGGUCAGGCUGUAUUCUGUCUUGGACAGCCUGGGGGGAUCUGGAACUAGUGAGGUGCUCCCCGGAGAAGGCCCUGGCCAUGCUGGUCGGGGCCUCCAGAGCUGGGUCUGCAGUCUAUUUCUGAGGGCCUCAUACCUGUGCUCUUGUUUGUUCCCUGUAGAUCCCUCUCCUUCUGUGAAUAAUCGCUGAGGAAGACAAUGAAUGAGGCAAAGGAGUCCCUUCGGAGCAUCGAGCAGAAAUACAAACUCUUCCAGCAGCAACAAUUCACCUUCAUCGCCGCUCUGGAGCACUGUAGGGAGAAUGCCCACGACAAGAUCCGACCCAUCGCCAGCAUUGGGCAGGUGCAGAGCUACACAGAGCACUACUGCAACAACUCCACAGACCGGCGCAUUCUGCUCAUGUUCCUGGACAUCUGCUCGGAGCUGAACAAGCUGUGCCAGCACUUUGAGGCCCUGCACUCUGGCACUCCGGUCACCAACAACCUGCUUGAGAAAUGCAAAUCCCUGGUUAGCCAAAGCAAUGACCUAAGCAACCUUAGAGCAAAGUACCCUCAUGAUGUGGUGAACCACCUAAGCUGUGACGAGGCCAGGAAUCACUACGGAGGCGUCGUCAGCCUCAUCCCCAUCGUCCUGGACUUAAUGAAAGAAUGGAUCGCCCACUCGGAGAAGCUGCCCCGCAAAGCACUGCAGCAUGUGAGUGAGUCCCAGGCAUGCCAGGAAGCCAUCGGGGCGGCGGCCACUCAUCCUUCCUGGACCACAGGCACCCAGCCUCGGUUAAGAAAACACAAAUGUAGGCAACUUACAAAAGACAGCCCCAAACCUAGGAGGAAUGACAAGGAUGUUCAAAACCUCCCUGGAGACCACCUGGCGGGAAAUUGUAACUCAGAGCUGACAACCUGCGUCCCGUACAGUGCUUUGUCACUUAAAUUGGUCUCCGCUGUCUGAUCCAUUCUUUGGCACCCACAGCCCCUGCCACUGAUGAACCCCAAGGGGGCCUGCCCAAUAUACUGUCGAGAACCUCUCUCCUUUCUCACUUUAACUUCUAAGCUCUUGCCUCUGAGUGUCAAGGUCUGUGCCAAUGAAGAGGACCCCCACUUCCAGUGUUGUUGGGAGAGGGUGUUCUGGGGAGGCAGCUGAGAGCUGGGGCCACUGGCCUGCCCACGUGCACCCUACCAGGCCCGGCCACGCUGCAGGUCUGGCUUUCCCGGUUGAUCCACCGAGCUGGAGGCCUCUGAGCUCCUUUCCCGCCAUAGGGGCAAGUAGGCAAGGCUCAGCUCUCUGCAAGACAGGGCUGUUCGGCCUGCCGGGAGGCUGAGGGCCAGCAUGACGAACUUCCUCAGUGUGAUUAGGUCUCUGGGCCAAAACCCAAAGUGGAGUGAACCUGCCUUCGCUUCUCUUUUACUUGGGAGAGGGAGACCAUGCAAGAAGCCGCAAGAAUUCUGGUCUUAUGGCUCCUGUGCAAGGACGGUUACCUGAUUUUCACAACACUGAAGGCCCCGACAUUAUAAAAUGUGUCUCUGGCUUCUGAGCUUGCUGGAAGUUCUCUCUGACUGUUGGUUUUUCCCUUCACAGGGGGCGACUUAGCUUCUGUAUUCUUGCUUCCUCGAGCGCAACCAUCAAGAAUAAAAAGUGUUC